AUGGGCUUCUCCAUCCACAUCCGCCACUACUUCGGCUCCCCCUCCGCCAGCAUCCACAACCUCCCUGACACCUUUGGUAGGUCGCGACGCAGCUCACGCGAGUUUCGACCAGGCGGUGAUCGACACGUUCCUGACGCUGGAGUACUCGAUGGCGAUGAAUGUGAAAAGCUAGGAAAGGGGACGCUGGAGUGUGCGGUGUGCUUGAACGAGUUCGAGGACACCGAAACGCUGCGUUUAAUCCCCAAGUGCGACCUCGUGUUCCACCCCGAGUGCAUAGACGAGUGGCUACCUUCCCACACCACUUGCCCCGUGUGUCGCGCCAAACCCAUCCUUGUUUUGGCCAACAUCAAUGGCGAAAUGCCAUGUUGA